UUUUUAAACCUAGCACACAGUGUUGCAUACCUUCUGGGGUUAAGCCUGUUUUUUUUCAGCGACACAACCAAGAUUUAUGAUUUAAUUUCAUCUGGCAACGCCGACGCUCACGAGUCUGCCGCUGCAUUUAACCCCCCGUUGGGACACCGUUCCCCUCCUACCGCGCACUUUCCGCCAACUUUCAACUCGGACUCUGCCAUAUUGGAGCUGCAUUUGCGUUGGUAUUUGUGUGUGUGGAGGCGACAAGUUCUUGGAACCCGUUGUGUUCUCGCUUGUGUACAUUUGGCUGCUGGAGUGGAUUUCAUUUUCGGGAUGGGAGCUGCUGCACCACCAGCCUAACAAAAAAAAGCAAAGCCUGCCACAAAGCGCUGAGUGAAAGAGAGAACACGAAGGAGUUGGAGAUGUGGGAAAACACACUGGAACUCUCUGCUUUCACUGCAUUUUUAUACCUGCAGACCUCCAUGCAUACCUGCCUACUUCCAACAAUCGCCGGCGUACACACAUAUACCUGCGUUCCAGGUAUAGCAAAAUAAUAUACAUCGGGAUUUUUCAUGCCCUUUAUCGUGGAGAGAACAGAGAUCGCUGGAAAUGGAAACAAAACGCGACUACCUGUUACACCGCUCUUCUUCUUUGAAGCGCUCUCCCUCUCCGGCACUCUUCGUUUUUUUUUGGCCCUUCUUCAGGUUCGAAAUUCUUCUUCUACCUGUUCUCCUUCCGUCAAUUCGGAGCUGUAGCUAUAGCUCUCGAGUCCCUCAAAACUAUCUCAAUUGUAAAUUAUUCGUUUCAAUCCGGACACACGCUGGCUUAUCUGAGCUAUAUAGACAUAUAAAACAAUACAUAACAGCUAGCCUAUGUAACAUACCACCUUAUACUGCUGUAGUUCUCAAGUGCGUGUACUCGAUUGUACAAAAUAAUUAAAGCGGGCUAGAUGUGGCAAUACGCGGCUAGUUCCAGUAGCCCGAUAAGAGCUAGAGCAUUUGUCAUGGAACCGAAAUGCUUGCCGUUGGUGUUAUAACACCAGAUCGUAGAUCUUGGCCCUGAUAUGAUCGGUCAUUGGGGAUGUCUGAAGGUCCCACUUGGCAGACAUCACAUUUCAAGGCUAAAUGUGGCUUCCAUAACAUAUUAGAUUACUGUAUUGGGAGAUCGUAUGAAGACAUAAAUUUUCAAGAAAUUUAGACAUUUAGAACGACCAAUCGCCACCUGCCAAGUUGAUCGAUUGUGUGAGACACUCAAAGUACAGCCCCAGGUGGGAUGUAAAUAAAUUAUUUUCGCAAAAACUCGUAAAAAUUGCACCCAUGGAACCUCUCAAUCGGCAAUGACUGGGAAGCGGGUGAAUGGCUAUAAAAAUCAGUUAUAAAACCAUUAAGCCAUAUGUCAAUAUACCGAUCUAUACGAAUGUACAAACAUAUGUAUGUAUACUGUAUAUAUCCCUAAAUGAGACGACUACUGUCUGGGUUAUAAAUACCUACAGAAAACCGCCAAGAAACGCCGAGUCCAAUAAAUCGGAUAGGAUCAGUUCGGAUCGAUUGCCAUUCCCCCGCCAUAUAUAUUAAAUUUCACAAGCGUGGCCAGUGUGAACAUUUGGAAGACGUUUGUUGAUAGUUUGCAGCUAUUUUCGUUUCUCAAAACAGUCAUACAGUCAGCCACACUGGAAACAAUAUGGCAAGGAGUCCACAUUUCUUAAGUAACUACAUCAUUGAUUGUUUUCUGUGCAUUCGUCUUAGUCAUCGUCUUCAUGCGAAAUCGGACAUCAACAUAUCUGAAAAUUCCCCGAAAGUCGUCUGCGUCACCUAAAAAACGAUCUGGUGAAAAGCAGAUACAUUUAUACAUCUCUCGAUUUAUUACUCGACUUACUCGUGAUCAAACCAUCUGGCUUUGUCCAGUAUCCUGUGACCAGAGAUACUGGACCAGAGAUGUCAACUGGGGGAUCUCUAAUGUUCAACGAUCAAGUCUUCUAAAUCACGUGCGUUAAGCCCGAUGUGUUGGGAAUUAUAAUUAUUGUAGACAGCUACUUUUCACUGUCAACAGAUAGACAGCAUUUACAUGCAUAAAUAUCGUAUUGCAAUCGGGUUAAUUAAAGAAACUGAGAAACUUCUGUAGAUUUGAAAACACUUGUCAGACAGUAAUUAAGAUUUGAAUUUGGAAAGACUUGACCCAAAAAUAUAUAUUUCCAUUUUUGGAGGAGAACCACUUUUUACCAAUUGAACGGGGGACAUUAAGCUCGAACUUUUAAUGAUUAAGAGAUCAGUGGGGUCGGCUUAUGUGAUACUAACUGGUUUUGGCAAUAUAUUCAAAGUGAUUAUACUUUGCAAAUAAAUAUAGAAAUAGAAGAACGGGGUAUACCUAAGAUUGCAUCAUUCACCGAACGGAAUAUCACUUUUUCAGAUUUCAGAUUUCAGAUUUUUCCAACAACGAUUUCAUUUGCAUUGCGCAAACAAAAAAUUUGUACCGAAAACACUUUCACUUUUCAGCAGAAUUUUGUUGCAACGAAUGCGAAUAUAUCAAUAUAUAUCGAUGUCUGCAUUGCACAUAUGUAUGUGAAUAUGAGCAGAUAUACCGACUGGUAUUGCUUAUGCCUGGUAAUUGAAUCUGUGGCCGAGGGUAAUACGUGUGGAGCGCCUUGCUUGAAUGGUUCGAAUUUCGUUUUCAUUGUGGUUUGCUUUAUUUAAAUUUCAAUGCAAAAUGGCCAAAGACAAAAGAACGUGCAUGGCCGGCCUAUCAGUUUAUAUCAAAAUCUGGGCUAUGCCAAUAAAGCAAUGCGACUGAUAUUCGAACACGAAUCAAUGAACUUUCGUCAACUGGGAGGCAAAAGCAAAAGAAAUAGUAAUAGCCGUAAUCCGAGCAAUUUCCAGGGAAACCCAAGUAGAGCUAAAUACGAGCAGUCAACCGGCUAAAAAUGUUGCAAUUACUAAUAUAGUCUCCAGUUACGCACGACUUCUACAAAACAUAUAUGUAAGGGGGCCUUUGACUAUCUUAUCCGGCAAAGUUUUGGAGCGGCCACUUGGGCGCUUAAGUAAUAAGCACCGAAUACAAUGCCCAGAAAUAAGUGGAGACUUACUUUGGGAUUGACUGGAAGAUAAGACUGUCGGGGCCAAAGAGUGGAAUAUAAUGGUGCAGGGUGAAUAUCCACCUGAUUGCCUUGCGAGGAACCUUGCAACGAUAUCGCCGAAAAGCAAACAGCCGCAGAAUAAUCCAUCCCAAGCAGAAGAGUCUAUGUAUAUAUGUAAAAGCUCUCUGUCUAGCACUGAUCUGGGUCAAUAAGAUACCGCCAAGCCGUAAAUAUGUCGGCUUAUCCAAAGUCUGUCACAUCCAUCAGAAUAGGCAGUAUUGAAUCAGUAUGGGGUGCGAUAGCGGCACGCUUUAAGAGCCGGGGAGUUCCAGAUUACGGCGGAAUUAGCAAUUCCACACUUGAAUGAUUUGAAUGCAAGUCUAUGGUUAUUCCUAGAACCAAGUGAAGCCAUUUCUUGCACAACUGAGGGCUAUUUGCUAUGUUUCUAGAAGUGCAACUAAUUUGCUGAUAUCCUGAAUCUCUUGAGUCAUAUAUAUAUUUUCCCGCACUGAUUCAUAUUUCCUAUGAUUGUUUGCCUGGUUAUCUUGGGUCUCUGUGCUCUUGGAUCUUUAAUUUCGAUGCGUGGGCAGUUACUCUUCCACUCACCAGGUCGAGAUUGGCCAGCUUAUCGAUGAGGUAAACCCUGAGAAAAUGGGUACUCUCUGCGACUUUCGUCUCUGUGAGAACCCUUAGAGAACCUUAGGGGUUCGAUCUAUUCGGGUUCUUAUGAAGCCACGAGCCGAAUACAUGCCGAAGCUCUCAUGUUUGGGCGAAAAUUGAAAUAUGACCGAAAAACUUGGGAGUUUUCUUGGGUAUCAAGAGAGCUUGUACACUGGAAGAAUUAAAUUGCUAACUUCUUAAGCUGAAACCUAACUGGCAAAGAUUGUGCCCUUCCAGCUUGGACACAUGUAUACACUGCGAAUCAGAAGCUGAAAAAUAUGUAAGCUGGCAUAUGGUUUAUUUUUCUCAUAGUGCACUUGUCUACGUAAGUCCUGCUCAGUGUAGCGCACUUCAGUAGGUUCUCAUAUUUCCCUUACUCUUUUCUUGGACAACUCUGAACCAAACACAAUUCCAUUGCUGAUUCGGCAUUUCCGUGUAUUUAUGCCCGACGAAGUUAUCUUAUCGGGUCCGGACGGCUCUCCUGGCCAAAAAUGAGCGGUCGAUAAGGCGCCAGAAAGCCCUCUCCGACGAACGUGGAAUGGUGAUGAAGAUCGGCGAACGGGGACCGGAGACCGGAGACCGAAUGUUCCGAGACCCGGAGACCAUGAGCAGAGUCUCGAGCCUUGCAGUUACGAGGAGCUAGCCGCGGCAAGCGGAGCGCACAAAUCCAUCCGACUCCAGAAGCCAGCCCGUUUGUAAUCGCCACCCAGCCACAGUUGUCGUAAUCAUCGUAAGAAAGCCAACGAAGUAGAAGUGGAAUCGGAUCGGAUCGGGGCCAGAACCUAACCCAAAAUCGGCUCUUCGGAGAUAACGGAGGCGUUACAAUGCUGAACACCUUCAGUUCGGUGAGGCAGUACCUCAAGUUCGAUCUCACGCGCGUGGUCAUCGACAACAUAGUGUUCAAGCUGCACUAUAGAUGGACCUUCGUAAUACUCCUAGUGGCCACACUCCUGAUUACGUCGCGCCAGUACAUCGGGGAGCACAUCCAAUGCCUGUCCGACGGCGUUGUGUCUCCGGUCAUCAACACCUUCUGCUUCUUCACGCCCACCUUCACAGUGGUACGUGACCAGAACCAAACAGCCUACAAGCCGGGAAGUGAGCCACCUGGAAUAGGGGCGUUCGAUCCCGAAAAGGACAAGAUCAAGCGGCAUGCAUACUACCAGUGGGUGCCCUUCGUCCUGUUCUUCCAGGCGCUCUGCUUCUACAUUCCCCACUUCCUGUGGAAGAGUUGGGAGGGCGGCCGGAUCAAGGCCCUGGUCUUUGGCCUUCGAAUGGUGGGUUUAACGAGGUACCUGAAGAACGACAGUCUGCGCAUCGGCAAGCUGAACAUUCCCUCGAUGGCGGAGGCGGAGGAGCGCGUCAAGGACAUUCGUCGCACGAUGAUCGACCGGAUGCGGCUGAAUCAAUCGUGGGGUGCCCACUUGGUCUUCGCGGAGGUGCUCAAUCUGGUGAAUCUUCUGCUGCAGAUCACAUGGACCAACCGAUUUUUGGGCGGUCAAUUCCUCACCCUGGGACCACAUGCCCUGAAAAAUCGGUGGUCCGACGAGCUGAGCGUUUUGGAUCUAGUAUUCCCGAAGAUUACCAAGUGCAAGUUCCACAAAUUUGGUGACUCUGGCUCCAUUCAGGUGCACGAUGCCCUCUGCGUGAUGGCGCUGAACAUCAUGAACGAGAAGAUCUACACCAUUCUGUGGUUCUGGUACGCCUUCCUUUUGGUUGUUACUGUUCUGGGACUGCUGUGGAGAAUUUUCACCCUGUGCUUCUACAGAAAUGUCACCUUUACCCGCUGGUCUCUCUACUGGGCCAAGCCUGGCCAACUGGACGAAAAAGAAUUAUCGGCGGUAAUUGAUAAGUGCAAUUUCUCCAACUGGAUGUUCCUGUUCUUCCUGCGCUCCAACCUUUCGGAGUUCCUCUUCAAGAAGGUCAUCUAUCAUUUGGCCAGUGAGUUCCCCAAUCCCGAUCACGAUAACGAUAUCAAUGCCUAUCGAGAGGCACCGCCCACGCCCGCUAAGAACCGUUAUCCGGACAUCAGUAGCCUGGAUACGAUUGACUCGCCGCUCUUGCACCUUCAACACAAUAGCCCGCCCGCCCAAGGGCCAUCGACUUCGGAUAUGGCAAAGCUACCUGUAUAAUUUAUGCAUUUCAAUUAACGCUAGGCAAUUAAUUAUUGGAGCUUUGUCUUGUUUACACCUGUUUUUUUUUUAUAUAUGAUCAUUUCAUUUUAAAUAUAUUUAUUAUUAAGAGACGCGGCUUUCAGCUGAA